CUCUGGUUGUCCGCUCAGACGCUCCAUAGUUGUGUCCUUCAAGUGACAGCGGCAUCAUGGCAAAUGCUGGCAGCAGGGUAUCUAUUGAAGGAGAAACUAUGCGAUAUGCUGAAUACAAUUCUCAAUCUAAAAUCAGGAGUGAAACAGAAAUCGACAAAAGACUUGGUGGUACUCUGAUAGCGGUUGGCCUUGGUGUUGCUGCUGCAGGCUUUGCAGGUCGUUAUGCCUUCCAGUUGUGGAAGCCUCUAGGACAAGUCCUGUCACAGACUGCUAAGAAGAUGCCCACCUCUACCUUCUCAUCACACUACUAUAAAGGAGGGUUUGACCAGAAGAUGACUAAGCGAGAAGCCAGCCUCAUCCUUGGUAUUAGCCCGACCAGCACCAAGUCCAAGGUGAGAGAUGCCCACCGGAGUAUCAUGGUCCUCAACCACCCAGAUAAAGGUGGAUCUCCUUACAUGGCCGCCAAGAUCAACGAGGCCAAGGACCUGCUGGAUAAAGACCAACGCCGCUGAUAAAAACUACAGUCCCCAUCACCCCUCUGACCUCCUGGACUACAGUAUACUACAGAUCUAUUUAUUCCAGCCCUACAUUACCAUCCCCAGAGACUAUUCUGAAACAUUUUUCCUGAACAAGGAUAUCUUUCAAGUUGAAGGUCACCUGUAGUUAACUUUACAAAAGUCAACUGUAGUCUGUUGUAAAUACACUGUACCAUAAGAUACAAGAGAAUAAUAUUCCAUAGAAUAAGAAAUUCAAACCUUUCUGUUACCUUUUUAUUCCUCUGUGUGGUAAAGACAUUAUGACCACUGUGAGAUUAACAACACACUGACAGAGACCAAGCCUAGCUGAGCAGUGUGUGUGAAUAACACGGUUAGUAAUUUAUCAAAGUUUGCUGAAUAAAGCAUUUUCUGUAAUGGUAAUCAAUGACACAUUAUUGUGUUUCUGUGAUUAGUCCCUUUCCUCUGCGCUGAGAUGCCAUUGUAGUAAACGACUAACAGUGCUGCAGCAUCUGAUGAGGGAGGGAAUAUUGGGUAAGAGCUGUUUUUGAAGCUCCUGCAGUGAGCUGUGACACUUUACUUUAAGUGAGCCAUUUCACCAGCAGCUUGCAGUAGGUUUUUCCACAUAUCUAGGAGGAAGGCUAGACAGCCAUGUAAUCUGCACCAUGUUGCAAAUGCUUUCAUUCCAGCAUGCUUUAGCUAGGCAUCAUUAAAAAUCACCUCAUUCUGGUAGAAUGCAGUUCCUAACUGAUGUUCCAUUGAACCAUGUCCGUCUGUUGGAAAGCUAUUGAUUAUCAUGUAGAGCAGCGAUGGGCAACUUUUAUGGCGGCCACAACAAAACAAAACUCAGAUUUUUAUUGGUCCGUGGGCUUUCAGGACGGGUCCGCCAGUGGCCCAUCCCUGAUGUAGAGGGUGAGUGCGUCAGGCGUGUGCGAUAGUGUCUGCACUGUUCGUGUGUUGCUGUAGUACAGGUUAGGGCUCUGUGUGCUUGGCUGAUCUCUGCUGUCCCUCCUGUGGAUGGGUCUAUUUCUAGCUUUCCUCUCCCUGCGAAGAACCCACAUGACCCUCCUGAGCCUCUCUCUCCCUGACCCCUCUCUCCCACUGCCCCCCCACCCAUCAGGGUAUCUUUCCAUUACCAUGUGUGAAAAGAUUUUGCUUCGCCAGCUUCCUGCUGUCCAAAAGGUUUGUUUUGCCAAGCUUCUGCAUCUGUGCGGUACUGCCAUGCUGGAGAGAGGGGAAAUGACUCGCUUUUAUAACCCACACCUCGUAAAAACUCGAACAGCUUGUGCACUAUACAUAUGCAGGGCUCUGGGAAUUUGCCGCAAAAAAAAAGAAAAUGUAACUGCCAAAAUAAAGGAAACAUUUGUAAAUGAGAAUAAAGUAUAUUGAAUGCU